UCAAGUUCCACCGAUAUGGCAACAGUGACUACCAUUUACAUCCCUAGCAAGAUGGCGUAUUAAAAUCUCCGCAAUUCGACAUUAAGAAAAAUAACAAAAAAUCGCAACGCAAUUGUAAAAACCGCCAUAACAAAAACUAAUAAGAGAAAAUCCCUCCAUUCGUUGUCGAAGUGUAGAAUAAGAAGCAAAAAGGACUGGUAAAGUUUUGCCCGCGCACCCUUUAAACACCCAUAUAACAAAAACAACAGUUUCGUUGUUGCAUUGAAUCACACACACACAACAAGGAAAGCGCAAGGCAAAAACUGCCGUCGCUCUCGCAGCAGCCAAAAACAAUCACACAGAGAGCUACAAAGAUGGAGCUGCGCGUUGGCAAUAAAUAUCGACUAGGCCGGAAAAUUGGUUCUGGCUCCUUUGGCGACAUCUACCUUGGCACAACGAUCAACACAGCCGAGGAAGUCGCCAUCAAGCUAGAAUGCAUACGCACCAAACAUCCACAACUGCACAUCGAGUCCAAGUUUUACAAAACCAUGCAGGGAGGCAUUGGCAUACCAAGAAUUAUUUGGUGUGGUUCUGAGGGCGACUACAAUGUUAUGGUCAUGGAACUGUUGGGCCCCUCUCUGGAAGAUCUUUUCAAUUUCUGCUCGCGCCGUUUCUCACUGAAAACAGUACUACUGCUGGCCGAUCAGAUGAUCUCACGCAUCGACUAUAUACACUCGCGUGAUUUCAUCCAUCGUGACAUUAAGCCGGACAACUUUCUGAUGGGGCUGGGCAAGAAAGGCAAUCUGGUGUACAUUAUUGACUUUGGUCUGGCCAAAAAGUUUCGGGAUGCACGCUCUUUGAAGCACAUUCCAUAUCGUGAAAACAAAAAUUUGACGGGUACAGCCAGGUACGCCUCGAUUAACACACAUCUGGGAAUCGAGCAAUCGCGUCGUGACGAUCUCGAGUCACUUGGAUACGUGCUCAUGUACUUCAAUUUGGGCGCACUGCCCUGGCAGGGUCUUAAAGCAGCUAAUAAGCGACAGAAGUACGAGCGCAUCUCGGAGAAGAAGCUAUCAACCUCGAUUUUGGUGCUUUGCAAGGGCUUCCCCAGCGAGUUUGUUAACUAUUUGAAUUUCUGUCGGCAAAUGCAUUUUGACCAGCGUCCGGAUUACUGCCACUUACGUAAGCUGUUCCGCAAUCUGUUCCAUCGCCUUGGCUUCACCUAUGAUUAUGUGUUCGACUGGAAUCUGCUGAAAUUUGGCGGACCGCGCAAUCCUCAGGCAAUAGCGCAGGCCCAAGAUGGUAACGAUGGCCAGGGCCAAGAUGCGUCCGCAGCUGCAGCAGCAGCCGCCGCUGCGUCCCAUCAGCAGCAACAGCAGCAGCAGCAUAAAGUAAACACGGCCAUGGCCACGGCUGGCGGCAGCACACAUCAGUUAAUGGGCAGUUCCUCGGGAGCUGGCCAAACGCUGGCAAUGCUCGGCGGCGGCGGUGGCUCAGGCGCGCAACUGAUAGGCGUCAGUGGCAAUGGAGGCCUUAACUUGGACGACUCAAUGGCGGCCACAAACUCCUCGCGACCAGCAUAUGAUACGCCCGAGAGACGUCCUUCGAUACGCAUGCGACAGGGGGGCGGUGGAGGUGGCGGAGGCCUACAACCUGGCGGCAUCGUCGGUGGCGAUGUUCGAAAUGCUAAAUAAUAUUUUAUUGUUUAGAAAUGCUGCGCAGUUGAGCGCUUGUGAGCAGCGCUGGACACAGUAGCUAACUUAGGAACUAUAAUACACACACACACUUAUAUAUAUAUAAAUGCUUUAUAUAUACGAUUAACGGUAUACAUAUUGAAUGUAAAGUUUCGUCGUCAUCGUUUGAGUUGUUGAACACUUCGCUGGCGGCCACGAGACAGACAAAAAAGUGACAAACACACGCGAUUAGUUGCGCUCUUCUUUCCUUCCUUUGUACAUUUUUUAAAAUACUUUUCCGAAUCGUUUCUGCGCUAUAUAAUAUGUAAUGCUUAGUCAUAUGAUGAUCAAUAACAACAAAAAUCUGUAGUCGUGUGUACUGUAAAGAGACAUGUAGGUAUUGUUCUUAUGCAUAUAUUAAAAAACUAUGAUGUGCUCUGAAAAUUGUAGAUUUCCAGUAGGAAACCAUUUUUUAAUAUCAAAAAGUUAUAAGAACAAUACCUACACAACUAUACGCAUACAUAUAUGAUAGUCUACGGCUCAGUUUGUAAGUCACCCCCUGCCACACUCUGUGCUUCAUUUAGCGCUUUGCUCUAUGUUUAUAAAUUAACUUUAAUUUUAGUGUUUAAUUGCAAGCUCGCUGCAUACAAAAAACAACAAGAAAAACAUUAAACAAAUCUUAACAAUUGAAGUUCGGAAUGCGGGCAAAAGUAUAUAGGCGUGUAAAAAUUGAGUAAAAACAAAACUCAGUAGUUAAGAAUUAAUUUAUAGCAAGGAGCAUAGCAACAGCAAUAAAUUACAUUUGCACUAAUUUGAUAAUGUGUUGCAUUUAAAGCAAUGUUUGUUUCAUGUGUGCAUUUCACGCAGUUCUACUACAAUGUUUCUAAGCCGGUUUUUUUUCUAUUAUAUUCAUUUUUAUAUAUAUUUGCUUCUUUGCUCUGUAUACUUACACGUAUAUACUUAUAAAUAGAGGGGGUGUAAUAACAGCAGCAGCAACAACAACAACAAACCAACUCAACUGAACAAACAAGCGAAAAAUUUAUAUUAAAUGAAAAAUAUUAAUAAAUUAAUAUUUAAAUAAAAUAUUGAGUGUAAGCUUAUGUACAACAAAACAAAAACAAAUAUUUUGGAAAACAAAGGACACGUCGCAAGGCAGUGUCCCUAACCUUUAGUCUAGGCACCUAGUAAUUAAUAAAACUUCAUAUGCAUUAAACAAAAAAGAAAGAAAAACCCAGGAGCAACUAAUCCAUAAAUUAUGAACAGAUAGGCAAAGAAAAUGGAGAGCAUAUUUUAAUUUAGUUGCUCUCACCAACAACAAAAUCGAACUGUAAAAAAUGUUAGGGUGAGUUUAGCUUCUCAGAGCGUUCGAGAAGGAAAACAUCGUAAGAAACUUUAGCUUUAAGCAUCACUUUUAUUUGUAAUGCAUUAUUAAACCACGCUUUAUGUUUAAAAAAUCAAACAAACCGAUAAUCAAUACAUUUUGCACCCUUAAUACAAUUCUCGAUUCGAGUUUGAAAUGUGUUCAUAUAUAUUUCUGUUACUAAUUUUCUUCAGCGCAUUUUCUUUAAAGAUAUAGCAGAAACGUUUGUUUAUCGACUACAAAAUAUCGAAACAAUAGCAAGUCGUGCAGAAAAUCUACAUAACUUCAAUUAGCCGUUAAUGUUUUAAGCGGGCGCCCAUUCAAUUUAUGUAUAACACUAGCUAAUAAAUUGUACUUGUAGAUAUAAUAUGGAAUUUGUUUAUAAGUAAUACAAAACUCUAAAAGAAAAUAUGAUAAAACAAAAACAUGGGGGGAUAAUAAAGCAUACUAAAUGCGUAAUAAAAAAAUAUCUAUAUAUGAUAAAACACGUAAUUAUUUAAAAGUCUACAAAUAAAUACACAGUUGCAAAAUAGGCGGAUAUAUCUAGUAGAUAUGCCACGUAUAGAAAUAAAUGAUUAAUUAACUGAAUACAUACUUACACUUAAAAUCAAUUGAGUAAAACGAGAUCGUUAAAUAAAAUGCAUUACCGUGAUA